UAAGUUUAUAUUAGUUAAUCCUAGAAAUAUAAAUAUAUAUUUACUUUUCGAUAAAAUUUCUUUUAGUCAUUUUCUUCUUUGAGAAACUAUUUUUAUGAAAAUAAAUUAAAAAAGACUAUCUAAGAGAAUUUUUCAUUUAUAAUUAUUUUUUAGUAAGAAAACGCAAAUUGAUUUCACAAUAAUUAUUUCAUUAUGUAUCAAAUGAAGAUUAUGAUUAUUUUGGUGAAAGAUGUAGUUGUAUGCCAUUUUCCUUUUUAUGGUAAAAAGUUGUAUGACAUUUAACGGGGGAAAGUAGUUUUACUUUUUAUAGUUUUAUCAGAUUAGAGAGGUUUAUUACAACUCACAGAUGAUGUUGACAAAAUAAACUUUAUUACAGUUGAAAAAAUGAAACAAAAAAGUUGAUUAAAGUUGCUUUCUUAUUGUCUUGCUACGCAUGUGCUUGGGAAGAUUAGCAUGGACAGCAAUAUCUGGAAUAUUGUUCAAAUGAUUAUAUACUGUUAUAAUAUAUAUACAAUUUUGUUUUAAUAUAUACUUAGCAUAUUUAAAUGUGAUAAUAAAUAUGUGGACAUAUCCAAUCUAGUGUAUGUUGUUUAUCUUUAAAGUAAACAUAUAAUAUUUACAUGGGUAUAUAAAAGUGCUUAAAAUGUAUUAGAAAGAAUUCUUUUUUUAUAAAAUGAGAAACAGAAAAUGUAAUGAGAGUUUCUAUUUUCAAAUUAAGAAAAUGAAUCUUUUUAAUAACAAUGCUGCUGCUACAUUUUCUUAAUAACAAUGCUUGAAUAAAAAGAUUACCCGACUAACCUGGAAGAUUCACUCCGGUAUGUUACCGCGAAAGUUAGUACUGAUAUGAACCAACAACUUUUAAAAAAUAUUUAAAAAGAUUUAAAAAAGAUUUGAGAAGCAGCAUAAGAAUUACCCGACUUAUGCUGCUUCUCAAAUCUUUUUUUGAGAAGCAGCAUAAGAAUUUUAAAAAAGAUUUUAAAAAAAAUUCAUUUUCUUAAAUAUUUUAAGAAUUGUAAUCUUUUUAUUCAAGCAUUGUUAUUAAGAAAAUGUAGCAGCAGCAUAAUUUGGGGUUUUGAAUCCUUAUAAAAUUUGAAAAUAUUUAAGGAAGACAUGAGAGUUUCUAAAUAGUAAAAUUAAUUAGCAUCUGAACGAUCAAACAAGGUUUAAGAGUUCAGUCCAUAUAAAUAUCUACCAAACUAAUAAUUAGAAGUCUGAAAUGUUGUUUCUCACAUUUUUCAACCAUUAACUUUGUAAAAUUAUACACACACACGUUUGGAUGGUAACAUAUGUGUUUCUGGUUAUAGCAAUUAAAUUCUGAUGAUCUUUUGGAAAUCUCAUUAUUCCCUGUAGUCGUCAGCCUUGACGCAACAUUUCUAAAAUAAUACGAUGAUAAUACUAAUACGGUAUUAUUAAUACCAAUAAAACGAUAAAUUAACCUUAAACAAAUACAAGGAAAUAGAUCACGUUUCCUUGUCAAAGCCGCCUCUUCUUGAUGGUCAAGUAAACAAAUACAUUCAUACAUAACGCAGGCACAUUCACAUAUAUAUACAAAGAGCAAGUCCAAGUGUAUGAACAAAACAGAGUCAAGAAGACAGAAUUUAAAACAGAAUAGCGAAGAUCUCAUAACAAUGCAGGAUUUUUCUUCUACGGUGUCGUUUAGCCCUAGCUUCAGUUUCUACGUCUCGGGUGACGGUCACAUCGUAGAAACCGCCGUUAGAGUUGUCCGUGAGUCACAGAGGUACUAUUCCGUUAAAGUAGACGGAGACGGCGACGAAUCUGAAUUCGAGUUCGAAACGUCGCCGUUACGUGAAGAGAGCUUCUUCCACUUCCCAACGACGGCGGAGAAAGAAAACGAUGCCGAUCAAUCUCUAUCUUCGCCGUCUCAGUCGCAUUCAUCGUCGGACGAUCCAGAUCAUGACUUCUCGCCGAGCAGAUACUACUGUUUCUGGACCCCGAUCCGAUCUCCGGCGAGAGGAGAUAGCUCCAAGAGCAAGUCUUCGAGACGUUGCCGGAUCAAGGAUCUUCUGAGGAGAAGCCGCAGCGACGGAGCCGUUUCGACCACGGGCGAACCGAAACGGUGUAGUUUCAAGGAUCUUCUUCUGAGAAGAAGCCACAGUGACAGCGGCGGCAACGGUUCGCCGGUAGUGAAAGAGAAGCUUAAAACGGCGUCGCAUAAGUCUACGAACGUUGGGGAAGUGAAUAUGAGAAGAGAGACUUAUUUACCUUACAGGCAAGAUUUGAUCGGCGUUUUCGCCGGGAGGAGCAGAUUCCGUCGAUAAAAAGAAAAAUUACAUAUAGCUCCUUGUUUUAAUAUUUAUUUUUGUUUUUGGCCAUGUAAUUUUUUUUAGUGCUAUUUAGUUCUUGUACUUUAUAUUUGCCACUUGUAAAGACUCUCGAGGAAAUAGAGGUUUCUUGUGAUGUCAAGGCAUGACAUGUAAAAACAAGCUGGUAGGUGGGUGACAUCGCGUUUUGCGAUGCUGACAUAGGCUGUAUUAUAUAGAUGUGAUGCUUGUUUCACUGGUUAACUAAGCAUGCAUGCUUGUGUGGUUACUUAACAGGGAGAGAGGUGUGUUUGAACGUGUAUGUUUCUGUGUUGUGAAUUAGUGAUAUAAGUUGAAUAAUAGCUGAUAGCUAUCUUA